CGGCACGCGGAAGCGCCGGCGCGGCUGGGACUGAGGCUGCUGGGUUCCGCUGCCCCGUGCGAUGCUCCGCUCCUGGUACCUGCUGUGCUGCCUCUGGGCCCUGCACCUGCCGGGCGCCGGGGAGGGGGCGGCGGCAGCGGCGGGGCGGGAGAUAGACACCGCCCACUACCGGGAGCGAGUCAAGGCCAUGUUUUACCACGCCUACAACAAUUACUUGGAAAACGCUUUCCCCUAUGAUGAGCUGCGGCCUCUGACGUGCGAUGGACAGGACACCUGGGGAAGUUUUUCUCUCACAUUGAUUGAUGCUUUGGACACUCUUCUAAUUUUGGGAAAUGUUUCAGAGUUCCAGAGGGUUGUCAAUGUGCUGCAGGAGGGGGUGGAUUUUGAUAUCGAUGUAAAUGCGUCUGUCUUUGAAACCAAUAUCCGAGUGGUUGGUGGUCUCCUGUCCGCUCACUUGCUGUCUAAGAAGGCUGGUGUUGAAGUGGAAGCAGGAUGGCCCUGCUCAGGACCUCUUCUGAGGAUGGCGGAAGAAGCUGCUCGUAAACUUCUGCCAGCUUUUCAGACCCCAACUGGGAUGCCAUAUGGGACAGUGAACUUGCUGCAUGGAGUAAACCCUGGAGAGACCUCCGUUACCUGUACUGCUGGUAUCGGUACAUUCAUAAUGGAAUUUGCCACGUUAAGCCAUCUUACUGGUGACCAGGUGUUUGAGGAUGUGGCCAGAAAAGCCCUUAAGGCCUUGUGGAAAAAUCGCUCAGAUAUUGGAUUGGUGGGUAACCAUAUUGAUGUGGUAACUGCCAAAUGGGUAGCCCAAGAUGCUGGCAUCGGGGCAGGGGUAGAUUCCUACUUUGAAUACCUUGUUAAAGGAGCCAUUCUGCUGCAUGAUGAAGAGCUGAUGUCCAUGUUCCUAGAAUAUAACAAAGCCAUUAGGAACUACACAAAAUUUGAUGACUGGUACCUGUGGGUUCAGAUGUACAAAGGGACAGUGUCCAUGCCUGUCUUUCAGUCCCUGGAGGCCUACUGGCCAGGCUUACAGAGUCUGAUAGGGGACAUCAAUAAUGCCAUGCGAACAUUCCUCAAUUAUUACACUGUUUGGAAACAGUUUGGUGGGCUGCCUGAGUUUUACAACAUUCCCCAGGGCUAUACUGUGGAGAAGAGAGAAGGAUACCCCCUUAGACCUGAGCUGAUCGAGAGUGCCAUGUAUCUGUACCGUGCCACACAAGAUCCCACCCUCUUAGAACUGGGGAGAGAUGCUGUGGAGUCCAUAGAGAGAAUCAGUAAGGUGGAGUGUGGAUUUGCAACAAUCAAAGACCUGAGGGAUCACCGCCUGGAUAAUCGCAUGGAAUCCUUCUUCUUGGCUGAAACAGUGAAAUACUUGUAUCUGCUCUUUGACCCAGAUAACUUCAUUCACAACGAUGGGUCAGCCUUUGAUGUGGUGCCCAUGCCUUAUGGGGAAUGCAUCCUUGGUGCUGGAGGAUACAUCUUCAAUACUGAAGCUCACCCCAUAGACCCUGCUGCCCUGCACUGUUGUAGGAAACAGAAGGAAGAGCAGUGGGAAGUGGAAGACUUAAUGAGAGAGUUUUUCUUUCUGAAGAAAAGCAAAAAGUCCACGUUCAAAAGAACUGCAGACCGUAGUGAGAGGGAAAGCCAGACAGCCUCUGCAGAUGUUUCCUCAGAGAGCAGCAAGGGGAAAAUGAACCCGGAGAAGAACACCAAAAGGAGAAUCCCUCUCCUGAGCUGCCCUAAUCAGCCCUUUACCUCCAAACUUUCAGUUCUGGGACAGGUCUUUCUAGACAACACGUGACUCCACUUCACUACAAGUCCAGGUUGUUGAAGUUAAUAAAUCCGCUUGGAUUUGCAUUCUGUGGACCUUUUUGUUCUGUGGGAAAUAUUUUUAAGUGGGGGUGGAAAAGUGCAAAAUGGAAUUUCCACUGUUAUGUAAGAUAUCCUUCUGUUAGAUCCCCUUGCACUCUUGCCUUCUGUAUUGUGUGAAUCAGGGUUACUGCUACAUUUGUUAACCCAGCUCAAAGUUAUACCAGAAUGAGUUGCCAGUUUGGAAAGCAGAAAUCUCUGAGAAGGAAGAGCCUGCAGCCUGUGACUUUUGCUGUUUCAUUUGCGGCUGUGUUGAAUGUUCUGAGGCUGUUUAAAGUCUCGACCAUAUGCAGAGUUUACAGUGCUUCCUGCUUAAGAAAAGAAGGAAACUGAACUACCUGGCUGUAGCAACAUGAGAACAGAAACUAAUUACUAGCAGUGACUUCUCUUACUCCAUAAAUUGCAGAUUUGCUCUCUGAUUAGCCUGAAAUUUUACUGCUGGUCCCAGGGGAUCACUUGGGCACAGGCUUGAACACCCAGAGCUCGCAGAUGGGGAAUAGUUCAUGGGCAACCUCUAUUCCAAAUAACAGGUUUUCAGUUCCAUGCUUGGCUGUUGGACAAAUGAACUGUACAUCUGGCAGUGGAGGGGAAACGAACAUGGAAGGGUCUGUGAAGUGUCACAAAAUGAGUUCAUUUAUGUCAUAAAAAAAUUCGCAUCA